CCCUGCCUGCCUGCCUGCCUCCCUGCCUGCCUCCCCCGCACGGCGCCCGGCGCGAUCCGCGCUGCCCCGCCCCGGAGCCGCUGGCUCGGGGCGCGCACACACACGGAGCCAGGGGGCGGGCCGGCCGGGCGGGGGGGCCCGGCAGAUGAAGAUGGCAAUGUCUGUGAUCCAAGCGUGCCGCAGCCUGGCUCUCUCAACAUGGCUGCUGUCCUUUUGUUUCGUGCAUCUGCUGUGCCUGGACUUCACCGUGGCCGAGAAGGAGGAGUGGUACACGGCCUUCGUCAACAUCACCUACGCCGACCCGGCGGCCGGCAGCGCCGAGCUCCGCAGCGAGAAGAGCGAGUGCGGGCGUUACGGCGAGCAGUCGCCCAAGCAGGACGCCCGCGGGCAGGUGGCCCUCUCCGCCUCGCCCACCGACCGCUACGCCUGCGACCCCGGCACCCGCUUCAACGCCCCGGCGCCGGGCAAGAGCUGGGUGGCCCUCAUCCCGCGGGGCAACUGCACCUACAAGGACAAGAUCCGCCACGCCGCUGCCCAGAACGCCUCCGCCGUGGUCAUCUACAACGUCGGCUCCAGCAACGCCAACGAGACCAUCACCAUGCCCCACGCAGGCCUGGAAGAUGUGGUAGCAAUAAUGAUUCCCGAGCCCAAGGGCAGAGAGAUCGUGAGCCUGCUGGAGAGGAACAUCACUGUGAUGAUGUACAUCACCAUCGGCACGCGCAACCUGCAGAAGUACGUCAGCAGGACCUCGGUGGUGUUUGUCUCCAUCUCCUUCAUCGUGCUGAUGAUCAUCUCCCUGGCCUGGUUGGUCUUCUACUACAUCCAGAGGUUCCGCUACGCUAAUGCCAGGGACAGGAACCAGCGCCGGCUCGGAGAUGCUGCAAAGAAAGCAAUCAGCAAGCUACAAGUCAGAACAAUCAGGAAAGGUGAUAAGGAAACUGAGCCUGACUUUGAUAACUGCGCUGUUUGCAUCGAGGGCUACAAACCCAACGACGUCGUCAGGAUUCUGCCUUGCAGGCAUCUUUUCCACAAGUCCUGUGUGGACCCCUGGCUGCUAGACCACCGCACCUGCCCCAUGUGCAAAAUGAACAUACUGAAAGCUCUGGGCAUCCCGCCCAACGCAGACUGCAUGGAUGACAUUCCUCCAGACCUGGAAGCAUCCAUAGGAGGGCCCCCAACCAACCAGAUCACGGGAGCCAGCGACACCACAGUGAACGAGAGCUCCGUGGCCCUGGACCCCCCCGCGCGGGCUGUGGGAGCGCUGCAGGUCGUCCAGGACGCAGACUCCUUCCCCCAGGCUGGGGAGGGCAACUUCACCACCAGCAAUGAACAGGAGCCAGCAGUCAGCAGCGACUCAGACAUUUCCCUCAUCAUGGCCAUGGAGGUUGGACUGUCUGAUGUGGAGCUCUCCACCGACCAAGACUGCGAAGAGGCCAAGUCUUGAGAAGCAAGCAGAGCUCCAACACUAACUACAAGGGGAGGGUCACAGGGAGGGGCCAAGUCAGCUUUCUGGGCUGUGGAGCAGUCAUGCACAUGCCUGCAGAGCACUGUCACUCCUGCACACUCCAUUCCGAGACGGUCACGAGAAGCAAUAGCAGCAGUUGUGGCUGCCUGGAUGUGGUUCCAGCAUCUGCAUAUGUUCAUUUCGUUCACAUGGGAGGUGAGCACUUCCAGUUUCCUCCUCCCCUGCUUGAGAGCAGUCAUGUAACUCUCCAGUGGCUCAUAAACAUGCAACUGAGAUGACAGCUUUGAGUGUUUUCUACACUUGGUCGAGCUGGGAUUUGGUUCUUUGUUUGGCUUUUGUUGUUUAUUGUUUGUUUGGGUAUUUUUUUCCCAAGGCCUAUGUCUGUUCUGUUUGUUUAUAGUUUCUCAUGGAUGCACACUCUGGGUUUUGUUGACUGACCCCAACUGUUUUCAAGAGUUCAACCCAGAAAUCUGA